AUGGCCGAUCUCCACCGCCAGCUGCAGGACUACCUGAUGCAGGGUAAAGCGAGUAGGCCGGCAGCCGCAGAGCCGCUGCUCGGCGCGAGGGCAGCAGAGGAGCCUACGUCCGGGGACAGACCUGCCGGGGCAUGGCUAGGCAGCACGGCUUUGCGAUGGCCGUGGGCACGGAGCCCUGCCGAGCCGCCGCCCGCGGGCUCUCGGUGCAUCCCAAACGUGACUCGCGGGCAGCGCCUGGCGGCGGGCGGCCUGUGUCUGCUGUUGGCCGCGCUCUGUUUCGGUCUGGCCGCGCUCUACGCUCCGGUGCUGCUGCUGCGCGCGCGCAAGUUCGCGCUCCUUUGGUCGCUGGGCUCCGUGCUGGCGCUGGCGAGCGCGGCGCUGCUGCGGGGCGGCCCGGCUUGUGGGCGUCUGCUGCGCGGCGAGGAGACGCCUUCGCGGAGCGCGCUGUGCUACGCAGCCGCCUUGGGCGCCACGCUCUACGCCGCGUUGGUCCUGCGCAGUACGGUGCUAACGGCACUCGGCGCUUGCGCACAGGUAGCCGCGCUACUCUACGCGUUGAUAGGGCUCCUGCCCUGGGGCGGCGUGACGGCGCUCCGCCUGGCGCUCGGUCGCCUAAAUCGCGGGACGGGCCUAGCCAACGCGCUCCCGGUGUGACAGUCCCAAUCUGGAGGAAGAGGAACCAGCCAAGCUAAGGACACUCCACCGUACCCAAGCGUACAAGGACAAGGCACCAACUGGACUGCGUGGCGGAGUCCGUGCGCUUGAAGCACCUGUCAAGAACUGAUGAGCAGGAGGUUUAAGAUCCUUCUUUGGCUUCAGUGUUCUGUGGUUCUGGGUCGCAUGGACCACGGUAAAACGUGAUUUUUACAGUGCUCCGGAAACCACUAUCAUGAACUGCUUUCGCACUAAACUGGCUUUACACGGACGUCAGAUUUAGCGAGGAACAAACGGAGAAAUGAAUAGCUUUCUGACUUAGUUGCUUUUGGGAGAACUACAUUCUACCUUUUGUCAUUUAAAGAAAUCCAGGGAUGUGUUUGGUUGAUCAGGUUUCGGUUCUGCUACAUCUUUUCAAAGCCUCCUUACUCCUACUCACUGUAAAGCAAUCCAGAUUACCAGAUUAAACACUAAAUUUAACCACUGGAUUUAAAGUAGUGAUUAGCUAAUAUAUUUUUACCUCAGGUUUUUUCUUCCGUUAAGAAGUAAAUACGGUGCUUUAUAAUAUGCAAGUAUAAAUAUUUACUUGUCAAAGCAAUAUUCCGGAUCAAAAAGCCAGUUAUCCAGUAUGACUGAGUGGCAAAUUUUGCAAAGGUCUCUGUAAAACUAGGCUAAGAAAUCCUGGGAUACAGGGAAUUUUUACAUUUGUAGUUAUCAUAGUUGUUAUAUAAGUUUUGCCAGGUUUUUGAUUCCUAACGAUGCUGCUUGUUAAAAGUCCCACACAGUUGUUAAAAGUCCCACACUAAUGCUGUGUAAAAUGCUUCUCAUACAUAAUUGCUGUAUUUCCUUCUAGGUUCGCAGGUAGCUUUGUUUCUGUGGUGCUGGUGCAAAUCAGCACUUAAAUCUAUCGUAAUUUAUUGCCAAAAAUUCAGUUGAGUAUUGAGUCUUGAUUCAUGAAAGUAAAGGGUAUUCAGCUUAAAAUGUCACCACCAGUGUCCUCACACUAGGCUGGCACAUCCAAAGUACCCUAGAAGCCAAAUACCAUCAGCUUACUUAGAAGACUGGAGGAUGGGUCCAGAUGUUUCUGUAUGAUAAUAUAUAAAACAUACAUGUUCAGCUGAGGUUGAGACCCAUAUCUGUGUGCUGGCUUGUAUGAUAUCAAAGUAAUUGUUUUCCAGGUUAGGUCAAACAGUCCCCCAUGAUGUGAUCCUAUACUGGCCAAUAUCCCAACGUCACAGGGUUCCCAGACCACUAGCCUCUAUAGUAAUUACCCCCUGGUAAUCCUUUUGCCAUGCCCUCCAGGCAGUAAGUAGAGCUUCCACUGCUCAGGAAAGGAAAUGCUAUUUUCAAGUAGUGAUGUGCAUUUUUUUUAUGUCACUAUGUUCAAGGUAUUAAAAUUCUGUUUCAAACAUUGUCAAGAAUUCAUUACUUGAAAAUAAGUUUUAUAAAAUUCUAAGCACAAUAUUUUAUAUUUUGACAGUAGCACUGAAAAUGUUGUGUGUAGAUAUGUAAUGCCUAAUGUAGAGGAACUGUUUAUAAAUGCAUUC